AUGAGUAUGACGGAGCGGUUUGGCGCAUGGAUGCAGGUGCAGGAGUAAUUGCAGCUGAAUGGCAUUUUGGAUAUCGAUGGGUAUGAUUUGGUGUGGUCCCCAAUCCGGCCAACUUAAUCAACUCUAGAGGUACGUGGAGCACAUACAUACGAGAUAUGGGCGUUGUGAAUCGCGGAGGUUCUAACAGAGGCAUAGGCAAAGCCCACGACACGUCCGAAGGUUCAAGGCCGGUCACGUGCUUCUCAAGAAUGAUGCCAAUCUACAAACCCUUGAGGAUAUUUUGGAGGAUGUUGAGAAGGCGGAGGAACCAAAAAGAAAGAGCUCUUGAUGAACAUGAGAAAGAAUGGAGGAAGAACACCAGCGCCACCACCCCCGAAUCUUACUCUAUACAAAGCAAAAAGAAGCUGCUACAGUGUUCCCGCCAAAACACUGUAGCACAGUACUGGAUUGCAUAGUGUUGGGCCUAUAUUUUGGAAAUUAUGUAAAAACAGCCCAGAAUAAUUUUUUUUGCCAAGAUUCGGCCCACACUAAUAUAAUAAACCCAAUAUA